AUGUAUGAAGGAAGAAUAAUUAAUAUUUUACAUAAGGAUAACGUUAAAAUAACAAAUGGUUAUACUCUCAAUGAAAGCAUUCGUAUGGAGUUGAAGUCGAGGUUCACAGACUCAAAUGUGCACGAAAUCAUUAGUAAAGUACUAGAUUCUGAUCUUGAAGACAUUGGAAAACGUGUUGAACCCAUUAACCUAAACAUUAAGAAUAUUUUGGUGACAGGUGGUGCUGGUUUUAUUGGAUCUUUUUUGGUUCGUAAAUUAGUCAUAUCAUAUCCGGAAUUCAAUAUUGUUGUAGUAGAUAAAUUAGAUUAUUGUGGUAGUUUAAAUAAUCUUAAAAUGAUUAAAGGAAUGCCAAAUUACUCAUUUAUUAAGGGAGACAUCACAUCAUCAGAUUUUAUGACAUUUAUUUUAAAAGAAAAAAAGAUAGAUACGAUAUAUCAUUUGGCGGCACAAACACACGUGGAUAAUUCAUUUGGAGAUUCAUUUGAAUUUACAAAAAAUAACAUCUUGGGAACACACGUAUUAUUAGAAGCCGCAAAAGUACAUAAUAUUAAGCGUUUUAUACAUGUGAGUACUGACGAAGUAUAUGGCGAAGUAGCUAAAACGAGUCCUGACUGUCAUGAAGAAUCUAUAUUGGCUCCUUCAAAUCCUUAUUCUGCCACAAAAGCUGCUGCUGAAUGUUUAGUUAAAGCCUAUCAUAAAUCUUUUGGUUUACCAAUUAUUAUUACUAGAAGUAAUAAUAUUUAUGGUCCUUAUCAAUAUCCUGAAAAAAUUUGUUCAAAAUUCAUUUGUAGUCUUAUACGUGGUGGGAAAUGUUAUAUACAUGGAGAUGGAUCAAAUUCUCGUAAAUAUCUAUAUGUUGGUGAUUUAAUAAAUGCUUUGGACUUAAUAUUACACUUAGGUCAUAUAGGAGAGAUAUAUAAUAUAGGAACGAAUUUUGAAAUAUCAAAUUUAGAUUUGGCCAAAAUUUUCUUACAACAAUUUAAUAUUAGUGAAAGAGAUCAACAUAAUUAUUUAGAAUUUGUACAAGACAGACCUUUCAAUGAUCGCAGAUAUUCUGUGGAUUAUACAAAGUUAAAAGAACUAGGUUGGAAACCUAAAGUUAGCUGGGAAGAUGGAAUUAAAAAGACAAUUGCUUGGUAUAAAAAAAAUUGUGACAAAUGGUGGGGUGAUAUAUCUAAUGCGUUAGUACCACAUCCACUUAAAACUUUACCUCAAUCAUUGGAUGAUUAUAAUUAUUUAUAA